AUGUUCUCGAGAUCGAUGGUGGCCUUGGUGAGCAGGCGGCCGCCGUUUGCUAGCUUCUUCAAAGCUGUUUACCCGCCCCUCAGAAAUGCGGAGCAGGCGCGAAAAAUGCAGACGGCUGCAGUCCUGUGGCACAGGACUGCACCGCAGUACGGCAUCCGCUUCUCCGCACCCCGUGUGGCGGCGGCACUGCGAAUUUACCGCACAAAAGGCAAGGAGAUCACGAAAGAACUGCAAAAGACUGUAAAGCCUGGGCGUAAGUGGAAGGCAGCACCGUCACGAUUAAGGCUGGCGCGCACCACGGCUCCGAAGCGCAAGGCGAUUCGCUUGAGGCGACUCCAGCCGAAAAGCAAGAAGGUCGUAACACCCUUUGCCUCUUUCCAGACGGAGGUGAUGCGGCGCACCAAAUUUUCCUCCACACGGGCAAACCUCAAACGAGUAUUUCGCAUGUGGGUCAUGACCGGUCAGCAAGGCUCGCUUUCUAUGCCGAAGCGUGUCGAGAUGGCUGUGCGGCUGCUGCAGAAGGACCAGAACCGCGCGAAAGGAUUCUCCAGGAAGAUGAGCAAGAAAAUUGCCAGGCGCCGCUCUAAGCGCGCCACCCGCAAGAUCGCAAAGAGCUCGGCAAAUGGAAGCAGCCGCAAGGCGGCAAAAUCAAAGAAGCGGCGCGUCACAGCAACGACGGCGAAAAAGGUAAAGGCGGCUCGACCAUCUCGAAGCGCCGCGGCGAAAAGGCUGAAAAGGGCGCGCAUCCUCCGCGCCGCUCGUCGGGUGCCCAAGCGACCGGCUUCUGUGAAAGUGCGUCUUGCACGCCACGUGGCUGCCAAACGGUCGGCACCGAAGCCGGUGACUGCAAGCAAGCCGAGGGCGCCCACGAUGCGCGCGGCUCGCAAGGCUGCCGCCUCGAAGCGGCGGGUUCGGAAGACGCGCAUCGCAAGCGUGGCAAAGUCGCGGCUGCGGCAUACCGCCACCAAGAGGAAGACCCGCGCAGCCCGUCGCCGCGCGAACCCCUACAUCAAGUUUUACCGUCACAUGCGCAUGACAGGGCUCAUUCCAAAUCAUCCCAAGAUCCUGGGCACUCGCCAGAUCAAGGCAUUGUGGACAGAGACGCACUCCCUCAACGGCCUGAAUCGCCGCAUCGCGCGCGCGACGGAACUUCUCGAGAAGCGGACAGGGUUGAAGUCGAAGGUUAAUCCGCCUCCCGUGAGGAUCUCAGCGCGCAAGCGCCAGAGCUCCAAGCACGGGUCGCCGGCCCCCUCGCCAGCGCCGGCGGCACCGAAGACCUUGGAAUCCUUGACAAUCAAGCAGAAGGACAUCAAGGUGCCUCCGUAUUAUAGCAGCAAUCCCUUUGGAGCCACCUACGCAGCCUUGCUUCCCCUGCUGCGCGAUAUUCCGACCUCGACGCGGAUGGCUCAUGUCGCCAAGGCCUGGGCGCGCACUUCCGUGAAGGAUGACCGGCGCAGCGCAAAGGCCCGGAUUGCUGCCGUGGCAGAGGCGAUGAAGAAGUGA